AUGACAAACACCCAAGACAACUUCGAGCAGUGCUCGGCCUUCUACGACAUGUUCAAGAAGCAGUGCCAGGGGCUGCUCGACCUUCGCACGGCCACCACGUACCAGGACUUGAGCAUCUUCGACAAGCAGGCGCCCGUGAACGACCUGUCGUUCGCCGACAGCACGACGGGACGGCCGUGGGCCGAGUGCGGCCACUACACAAGGCAAUGGUGGGGCGUCGACCUCGGGAGCGAGAUGUAUGUGCGCUACGUGCGGCUGCAGAACCGCAAAGACUGCUGCCCGGAGCGGCUGACGGACGUCGACAUCUAUCUCGGCUCGACGGCGGAGACGUACACGGGCAACGCGCUGGUGAAGUCGGACGUGAGCGUGUCGUCGAACGUGAUGUUGGAGGUGGAGAUCAACGCGUUGGGGCGCUACAUCUACCUCAACCGGCCGUCUGCGGCGGGGCUGACGGUGUGCAAGUUCUACGUCUUCGCUACGCCCGCGCCGCCGCCGUCACCAUCACCGCCUCCACCGCUGCCGCCACCUCCGCCGCCACCGUCGCCGCCGCCGCCGCCGCCGCCACCUCCGCCGCCACCGUCGCCGCCGCCGCCGCCGCCGCCACCUCCGCCGCCACCGUCGCCGCCGCCGCCGCCAGCGCCGCCGCCGCCGCCGCCGCCGCCUGACGUGCAGCUGCUCGACCUCAGCGCCGCCACCACGUACCAGGACUUGAGCAUCUACGACAAGCAGGCGCCCGUGAGCGACCUUGCAUUCGCCGACAGCACGACGGGACGGCCGUGGGCCGAGUGCGGCCACUACACAAGGCAAUGGUGGGGCGUCGACCUCGGGAGCGAGAUGUAUGUGCGCUACGUGCGGCUGCAGAACCGCAAAGACUGCUGCCCGGAGCGGCUGACGGACGUCGACAUCUAUCUCGGCUCGACGGCGGAGACGUACACGGGCAACGCGCUGGUGAAGUCGGACGUGAGCGUGUCGUCGAACGUGAUGUUGGAGGUGGAGAUCAACGCGUUGGGGCGCUACAUCUACCUCAACCGGCCGUCUGCGGCGGGGCUGACGGUGUGCAAGUUCUACGUCUUCGCCUCAGCCGCACCGCCUGGGCGCUAA